CACUUUCUCUCACUUUAUUCCAAACCCUCUCUGUUUCUCUCUCUAACUCGCCGCUGCCACCGUUUCCUUGCGGCGCCAAUCAUGAUUGCGGCAAUUUCAUGGAUACCGAAAGGUGCAUCGAAGGCGGAACCCGUUCUCGCUGCACCUCCUUCCAAGGAAGAAGUUGAAGAACUCAUCACCCUCCACGCUCAGAGUGUGAUGGAGGAAGAGAGUGAUAAUGAAGAUGAGAUGGUGGAUGAAGGUGAUACCAGCAACAACAAACACAGUGAAGAAGUUGCGCAGGCAUUAGCCGUCGCGAAUGCUAUUGGCAAAACCUCCACGGAUCAAUAUGACGAUAUUGCCCUUGCCCUCAAGGCCCUCAACAUGGAUAAUUAUGAUGAUGAGGAAGAUGGAGUGGAGCUAUUUAGUUCUGGGGUUGGUGAUCUUUACUAUGGAAGCAACGAAGAGGACCCAUAUAUCAAAGAUAAAAAUGAUGAUGAUGAGGAAGAGCUUGAAGAUUUGAUCAUUCAUCCGACUGAUUCGGUCAUUGUUUGUGCGCGUUAUGAGGAUGACCUCAAUCUUCUUGAGGUUUGGAUACUAGAGGAUGCCGGUACACCUGAAAUGAACACGUAUACUCAUCAUGAUAUCAUAAUUCCAGCAUUUCCCCUCUGCACUGCUUGGCUUGACUGCCCCCUUAAAGGAGGAGAAAAAGGGAACUUCUUAGCUGUUGGAUCAAUGGAACCUUCCAUAGAAAUUUGGGACCUUGAUGUUCUUGAUGAGGUUCAGCCAUGCGUGGUGUUGGGUGGCAUUGAGAAAAAGAAAAAGGGGAAAGCAGGGACAAAGAAAUCAAUCAAAUACAAAGAUGGCAGUCACACUGACUCAGUACUUGGUCUUGCAUGGAACAAGGAGUACAGGAAUAUACUUGCAAGUGCCAGUGCUGACAAGCGAGUAAAGAUUUGGGAUGUUGUUGCUGAGAAGUGUGAUAUUACGAUGGAGCACCACACUGACAAGGUUCAAGCAGUUGCUUGGAAUCAUUUUCAACCCCAGGUUCUUCUUACUGGUUCGUUUGAUCAUACUGUUGCCUUGAAGGAUGGAAGGAUGCCAUCACAUUCUGGCUAUAGGUGGUCAGUCAAUUCUGAUGUAGAAAGCUUGGCAUGGGAUCCUCACACAGAACACUCUUUUGUGGUGAGUCUUGAUGAUGGCACUGUCAAGUGUUUUGAUAUUCGAACUGCCCAGUCUAAUCCCACAUCUGAGCUGAGUUCUGCAGCUUCUACUUUUACCCUCCAUGCACAUGACAAAGCUGUUACCUCAGUAUCCUAUAAUCCGUCAGCACCCAAUCUUCUUGCCACUGGAUCCAUGGACAAAACGGUAAAGCUUUGGGAUUUGUCGAACAACCAACCAUCUUGUGUAGCAUCAAAAAAUCCGAAAGUAGGGGCUGUGUUUUCUGUUGUUUUCUCACAGGAUAACCCCUUCUUGUUGGCUAUUGGAGGCUCGAAGGGAGACUUGGAUGUAUGGAACACCUUAUCUGAAUCCGGGGUCUCUCAAAGAUUUAAGAAUAGAACUCAAUCUGCGUCUUGAUUGAUAUUGAGUUUUAGUCUCCCUUCCCGCCCUGACCCUGAAAGAAAAUAUUCAGGCUGAUAACUGCACAAGUUGUGUUGUAGGUAUCAAAAUUUUGGAACUCCGUAAAAUGCGACAUUUGCACUCUCCUUAAGAGAGAUAUGAUGAUUUAUUAUAAUGGUUUCUAUUCCCUUAUUACGUCCCUUAGUGCAUCUAGUAGUUUAGAAUUACUAAGUUUUAUUAGUAGUAGUUGUGAAAUAGGUUGAAUGGAUAUAAUUAAUGGAGUGAUACUGUUUUCUUGCUAUAUUUCCACGUCAUUAUAAAUUCCAAUUUUCUGUUAAUUUUUAUU